GUCCGUCGAGACUGGGAAUGAUCGAGGCAUAUCAUUUCAAACAAUCCUCGCCGGCGAGAGACCACGCGGCCGAGCCUCCUUGGCGCCUGUCGCUACCGGCCGAUCUCCAUUCAGCCUGAAGACAACAACAACAUCUCUCCUCUUGCGACUCCCUCUUCCGUCCCUCCCAAUCCCCAGCUGUCCUCCACGCGACUCGACGCUCCCGGGCAUCUCAGGCUGGUACCCUCUUUGAUGCGCCAUCCCUGAUUAUCCGCCACCUGCCUCCAAGAUGUUGGUCUCCUUGACAGUCGGCAAGGUAGACGCAGGAGUCGCCGUACUCUUGACUCAGGACAACAGACUCAUCGAGUUCCCCUCCGUCCUCCUCCCCAACAACAUCACCUCCGGCAGCAUCGUCGACAUCACCGUCGCGCGCAACCACACUGCCGAAUCAGCCAGCGCUGCCAACUUCCAGACGCUCCAAAAACGCAUCCUCAACACCUACGGCAUCAAGACCCCCACACCCCCCGUCCUCCGCCUCCGCAACGCAACCCAAACUUCCCUCGUCUUGGAAUGGGACCCUAUCGACCUAGCCACCGCAUCCCUGAAAUCCCUCUCCCUGUACCGCAAUGGCUCCAAAGCCGGUUCCAUCCCCCGUCCGCUCGAAACCCGGAGCACCAAAAUUAGCGGCCUGGCCAUCCACACCGAAUACACCUUCCAUCUCGUCCUGCGCACCACCGCCGGCACCUACCAGUCGGAGAAGCUGACCUGUCGCACACACAAGAUGACGGAUCUCUCCGGUAUCACCGUGACGGCAGGCGUGCUGCCCCCGCAACAGAAGGAUGCUCUGGCGGCUGCAUUGGACCGAAUCGGCGGAAAGCUGAUUGAUGCGGUCCGCAUCGAUACCACCCACUUCGUCUGCACGGAGGGGCGGGGUCCGCUCUGGGAGAAGGCCGUCGAGAUGAACAUCCCCGUCGUUGUGCCGGAGUGGGUGGAUGCUUGUGAGGCAGAGGGCACGAUCGUUAGUGUCCGUGGGUAUUAUCUGAAUGCGGAUCCCAAGGCAAGACAGCUGGGCCCGAUUCACAGUUCCACGCAGCAUCAGCGAACGGUUUCCACAGCCACCUCGUUGGCGCCCCCUGCUGUGCAGGUUCAUACUCCGGCGCGGCAGUCGGAGCAGGACAGCGAGCAGAAUGUCGAGCCCCCGGUUACGCCGUUCCCGGGUGCCGAGAUGACCGGCCGUCCCAUCGCGGAAGAGAAGGAGGUUGACUCGGACGAGGGGACAGAGUCGCCGCCCCCUCCCCCUCCGAAGGAUGAGGAAGACGAGGCAGAUGAGCAGAAUGACACGCCGCCAUCUCCGCCAGAGAAGGACGAGGACGUGAACGAGGACGUGAAACCCCAGGAGAACACGCUAGACCAGGAAGAGGAAGACCAGGACUCUUCAUCAAGUCCUGAUGAUGCGAAAGAGGGCAAAUCGAAAGAGGGAGGAGGCGAAGGAGAUUUUAACGAGGUCCCUCUGUAAUAACGUGUCUCCCUGCGUCCCCCGCUGCCCACCUCUUUUCAUUCUACAUCCACGAUUCAAGUUGACUAGCGUCAUGAGUGUAUAUCCGAUGCAUUAGCCCCCCUCCGCCUCUUCCUUCGCAUGAGUUGUUUGUUCUUUUUCUACCUGAGCGGAAAGAUGAUGUCACUGGGGCUGGUGUAUCUUACGUUUGCCUUUUUUAUCUUAUUUUCUUUGAGCUUAUGCCCCCGUCCGAUGUUUUUACUUUCUAAUAGAUUAGGUAGCCUUGUAUAGUAAGUGGCGUCUGCACUCGGCCUUUGCAAGCCGAUCAAUUCU